CAUGGAAGUAAUUCAGAAACACAAACACGACAGCUUCUACAGGAUGCAUCAGAAAAAAUACUAAACAAUUUCUUCAUAAGCAACUAUUUUGUUAUUAUUUUCAUAGACCAGUUGGCAGAUACAACGAUAGCAGAUCAUGUUUUAUGACAUGCACAUACAAAUUCGACAGUGCCAGUAAUAACUUUAAACGAAGAAUCUAAUGUAUCACUGUUUGAAGAUCACAGAAGAGAAGAUAACCACGAGAGAAGUGUGGGUUUUAUUUUUUUCGUCGCUAACGAAACUGAAGAGUGCCUUCCUAGAAUAAACUGGACCGAAUCUCCAUUCUGGAACACAAGAUCACUCUUCUUGUUGGUAAUUACUUAUCCUACUUUAGUGCAAAGAGACAGUGACCAUCUGUUAGCCAUGUUUGUUGGCUGUUGGGAAGAACACAAUAUUAUAGAUUUUGCUGUACUCUAUGCAAAACAAUACGAAUUAGAAGAACUAAGAAGUGGUCAAGAGUGUGUGUUUGUUUCCAUUUAUAAUCCAUUCAAUAAAGAGAUACAAAAAUUAAAUUAUUUCAACAGUUUAAAUAGUAAUAUUUUUCAAAACUUGUAUCCACAGAAACUUUUGAACAUGGAAGGGUAUGACUUGAAUUUCAUGCUAUCACCUCAGCCUACGCUCUUUACCAUAGAGACAACGGCUUCUGGGGAAAUGAUAUACGGAGGUCCCGAAGGACUAGUGCUCAGCGCAGUAGCGAAGCACAUAAAUGCUCAUUUGGUGUUGAAAGGUAUGGCUAAGAGUUUUCUGGAAAAAGAAGCUCUGUCCUCAAAAACUGUUUAUGGGAAUGCCGCUGUCUUUUAUAAGUAUUUGCGCCGUUUUUUGAUGUAUCCUCACGAGCAAUCACAAUGGUGUUUCAUAGUUCCAAAAGCUCUAAAAUACCCUAGUUAUAUGAAUUUAAUACUACCCUUUACCAGAGGAACGUGGCUUCUGUAUAGUUGUUCGAUAUUUGUAAUGGCUAUAUUUUGGUUUAUCAUAGAAACAUUUGACAGCAAAGAAAAAAAAGUGAGUAAUACUAUGGUUGAAACUCUUCGACUCGUAAUACUUGGCGGGACACCAUAUUCACCCAAAUGUUUGGUCCAAAGAUUUGUGUUAGUAAUAUUUCUCUUUUUUAAUAUUAUUUUUGCAAAUUCUUACCAAGGUUCGCUUACAAGCUACCUCACAAUUCCUCGCUACUAUCCCGAUAUGAACAAUAUGAAUGAAGUUAUUGACUCUGAAUUAAAAUUUGCGAUGUACAUGGCACCAGGUGACUUCUCAGCUAUUUCUCAUGACCCAAUGGAUAUUGAUGAAACUAUGGAAAAGCUGCUAAGGAAGAAUGUCCUCUUGGACAGCUUCGAGCAGGGAAGGGAGUGGCUUGCGUUCCACAGGAACGUCACUGUGAUGAGCGACCGUUACACCGCGACCUACGAGGUGAGCCAGGAGAAGUGGAUCAGGGAUGGACGACCACUCAUGCACGUCGUGGACGAAAGCUACAGCUCCCGACCAAGUGCGUUCAGGGCUGCCGUUUGGACGUCGCCGUUCCUCUCCAGGUUCAGCGUCUUGGUCGCCAGACUGUCGGAGGCGGGACUCGUAGGUAAAUGGAGAAGGGACUUUCUGUCGAAGAACCAGCUGUCAUCAGCGCAUAGAGUCAAUCAAGCCCUCGUGGUUCCACUAGCUUACAAACACCUGCACGCGCCUUUUGUUUUAAUCACGGUGGGACUAUCUUUGGGAUUUUGUGUAUUCAUCAGUGAACUUGUAGCACACAACGUGUAUAGAUACCAAAAUAGUCGCAUUUAUUUCUUACGUGGUUAGAAUGUAUAGCAAAAUGUGCCACUAAAAUUUAAAAGCAUUUAUGGUAACCACAUUUAUAAUUCGAUACCCACACCUUAAGAUAAAUUUACUCAAUUUCCUGAAUAAAACCUUUUAAUAAUAGUGUUUAUGGUCAUUAUUCAUUUUAAAGCUUCUUAAUGUACUAUGUUAGUAAAGUAUUUCAAAUUUUAACCUGUAAAUAUAAAAAUCAAGUAAUUCAAACCUAUAAUUAAGUAAAAAAAAAACAAUAAAA